AUGGCUGGAUUACCCCACCAGGGGGCCCCAGGGCCCAAAUCCUUGCAGCCUCCAACUCUGCCUGGCAUCUGUGCUGAUAUUGAUGCUCCUUGUGUUGGGCCUGUAUUUCUGGAGAGAACGGUCUUCUUCACCUCCUUCUUUGAGAAGAUCAAAGCCCAGGAGAAGGCCAAGGACAUACAUGCCAUCGAAGAAGUAUAUGUGCCGGUCAUUUAUUUGACAUUUGAUGGAAUUGAGAUAGAUUUAGUCUAUGCACAUAUGCUACAGAGAUCUCUCAGUGACACACUCAACCUUCUUGACGACAUGUGGUUGAAGCAUAUGGAUAAAGCCUCUGCCAGGAGUCUCAAUGGGAACAGAGCCACAGAGGAAAUCCUCCGACUUGUGCCGAACGUCUCAACCUUCAGGCUCGCUAUGUUGGCCAUCAAGCUGUGGGCCAAAAGACGCAACAUUUACUCUAACAAGCUGGGCUUCUUGGGCGGGAUAUCCAGGGACAUUCUAGCAGCCAGAAUUUGCCAGUUUAAUCCAAACGUGACAGCAUCCAGCCUGGUGAUGAAGUGCUUCAGGGUCUACUCCAUGUGGGAUUGGCCUAUCCCUAUUCGUCUCAGGGUAGUGCGUGAUCAGUACCACUUGAUGCUGAUCAUCACGCCAGCAUAACCCCAGCAGAACUCAUUCAAUGUGUCUCUCUCCUCACUGACCAUCCUGAUCGAAGAGAUCAAUGUAUAUAUACAUGUAGUAACCAAGCUGACCACCAUCAUAUGGUUACUACCUGCAUUGCGAGCCACACAACCGCCAAUUCCCGUGUUCUAA